AUGGUUUCCAAUGAUACGUGGUUCGGUGCUGUGUCCGAGGAAAAUGUAGAAAAUCCCCGGCUAAAAGACCUCCCUCCCUUAUACCACCAUUGCGUCGAUAACUUCCGGCCGGUUAAAGUGAUUUGUAUAGGCGCCGGAUUUUCGGGCAUUCUCACGGGCAUCCGCUUUCCCCAAAGAAUUCCUAAUUUGAGUCUCACCAUCUACGAGAAGAAUGAAGAAGUUGGAGGGACAUGGUGGGAGAACAGAUAUCCUGGCGUUCGUUGCGACGUCCCAAGCGCCGCGUACCAGUACACGUUUGAGAGUAACUCCCAGUGGAGCGAAUACUACUGUACUGGAGGCGAGAUUGAAAAAUAUCUAAUCCGUGUCGCCCACAAAUAUGGUGUCUACAAGUACAUCAAGUUCCAAACCGAGUUUUCAGGGGCGACUUGGUCAGAAGAUGAAGGUAAAUGGGAGGUCAAAUUGAGAAAUCGGCUCACCGGAAGGGAGUUUACGGAUAUCUGCGACUUUCUCAUAACUGCUACUGGGAUCCUGAAUAAAUGGAAAUGGCCCGACAUCGAGGGACGAGAGACUUACGGCGGCACGCUAGUUCAUUCGGCCAAUUGGGAUUCUGAGCUCACAAUGGACCGAAUGAAGGGUAUGAAGAUCGCUCUUAUCGGCGCCGGUUCGUCGGGCAUUCAGAUUCUUCCAGAGAUCCAACCGAUUGCAAAACAUGUUGACCAUUACAUGAGUGGCAAAACAUGGAUUUCUCCAAUUGGUUUUGGAAGCCAAGAGCUUGAAAACAGAGGUGUGACUGGUAACUUUAAACAUACUCAAGAAGAGUUGGACUUAUUUAAAAGAGACCCCCAAGCCUACAAGGCAUUCCGAUCCAAGAUCGAAAUCAUGGUGAAUGCUGCGGCCCUCGUAACUUUAUUUGGCACGUCAGCUCAAAAGCAGUUCAAGGAGGUCAACCGGGAAGCGAUGAGAAAGAAACUGGAAAAGAAACCAGAAGUGAUGGAGGCUUUAGAACCCAACUGGCCUCCUGGCUGUCGGCGUCUUACCCCUGGGCCAGGUUAUUUGGAGGCGCUGGUCCAAGACAAUGUCAGCUUCAUCCCCACCAAGAUCAAACGCUUUACCCAUAAUGGAAUUGAAACUGUCGAUGGAGUUGAAAGGGAAGUCGACUUGAUCAUCUGCGCUACGGGGUUCGACACAUCCCUAAAACAACCAAUGCCGAUACGGGGUCGGAAUGGCGUUUCGCUCAACGAAGUUUGGGAUCCGACACCCGAAGCAUACAUGGGUAUCUUUCCACCUCAGAUGCCUAACAUGAUGCGGUAUAUUGGGCCUAAUGGCGCAGCUGGAACAGGUGGACUCAUCAAAGUAAUCGAGAGCGCCUGCGAGUAUAUGAUCAAGGCCGUCCAAAAAGCACAGCGUGAGUACAUCAAGGCGCUCGUGCCCCGGAACGAAGUUGUUGCCAAGUUCUCCAAACAUAUAGACCAGUACUUCACCAAGACUGUCUACACACAGCCGUGCCGGUCGUGGAUGAAGCGAGGCAAGGAAGACGGCCGAGUUGUGACCAUCUGGCCUGGCUCAGCCCUCCAUGCCUCUUAUGCCUACGAGAAUCCGCGUUGGGAGGACUUUGAAUACACCCCCAUGCCAGAGACGGAGGACAACCCACUCUACUUUUUGGGGAACGGACUCACGAUACUGGAAGAGCAAGGCAAGCACACUGCAGAUUAUCUCGAUACAGUUGACAAGCCCCCUGUCAUCAAUCCGGAGGUGGAUAUCGAGGCAACAGGGGAGCAAACUAAAACUGGCAUCAAUGGGGGCGCAAGCAGUCCGUAA